GGGGAGGCGGAGCGGGCUCGGCCACCCCCGGCCCCGCGCAUGGAGCAGCGCGACGGCGACUCGGCCGCCAGACAGCUCGAUUUGCCCGCGGGACCGGGGCAGCAGCGGGAGCCACCGCAGGCAGCGGAGGGGGAGGCGGUAACGGUGAUGGCGGCAGACGCCGGGCACAUCGAGAUGGGAGCACCGCCAAUGCCAAGCGCCGACGAGGCCGCCGCCGCCGCUGCCUUCGCAGAAGUCACCACAGUGACAGUAGCCAACGUGGGGGCCUCUGCAGACAAUGUUUUCACCACGUCUGUGGCCAAUGCAGCUUCAAUUUCAGGACACGUGUUGUCUGGGAGAACAGCCCUCCAAAUUGGGGACAGCUUGAACCCUGAGAAAGCCACUCUGAUAGUGGUGCACACGGAUGGCAGCAUCGUCGAAACCACCGGGAUCAAGGGGCCUUCAGCACCUCUCACACCAGGACCACAGUCUCCUCCUACCCCUCUGGCAGCCGUCCAGGGGAAGAGUGGAACCAAGUACAACUGGGACCCGUCCGUGUACGAGAACGAGCUCCCGGUGCGGUGCCGGAACAUCAGCGGCAUUCUGUACAAGAACAGGCUGGGCUCAGGAGGCCGGGGCAGGUGCAUUAAGCAAGGGGACAACUGGUACAGCCCCACGGAGUUCGAGGCCAUGGCGGGGCGAGCCAGCAGCAAGGACUGGAAGAGGAGCAUCCGCUACGCCGGGCGGCCCCUGCAGUGCCUUAUCCACGAUGGGAUUUUAAAUCCCCACGCUGCCUCGUGUACUUGUGCCGCUUGCUGUGACGACAUGACCCUGAGUGGCCCUAUACGACUCUUUGUGCCAUAUAAAAGGCGGAAAAAAGAAAAUGAAAUACCGGCAACUCCAGUGAAGAAGAAUUGUUCCAAAAACAUCACUCUGCUUCCAGCCAGUGCUGCAACUACGUUCACCGUGACUCCCUCUGGACAGAUCACAACCUCGGGGGCGCUGACCUUCGACCGCGCGUCCACCGUGGAGGCCACGGCCAUCAUCUCAGAGAGCCCAGCACAGGGGGAUGUUUUCACUGGAGCCACUGUUCAGGACACCAACGUCCAGCAGCCUUGCCGGGUGUCUCAUCCAGAGCCUCACUAUCCCAGUUACCAGGACAACUGCCAGAUCUCACCCUUCCCUGAGGCUGCACUGCCAACGUCUCAUCCCAAAAUCGUGUUGACGUCCCUGCCUGCCCUGGCGGUGCCCCCCCCGACGCCCACCAAAGCCAUGUCGCCGUCGGUGGUGAACGGGCUGGAGGUGACGGAGCAGCGCAGCUGGCUCUACCUGGAGGAGAUGGUCAAUUCCCUGCUCAGCACAGCUCAGCAGCUGAAGACUCUGAUUGAGCAGGCCAAGCAGGCCAGCUCCUCCUUCCAUGAGGCUGCUGUCACACAGGCCAAGAUCCAGGCUGAUGUGGAGAGGAAAGAGCAAUACCAGAGCCAGUUAUUCCAACAAACAGAGGAUGUGGAUGGGAAGACAGAAAUCAUCAUCAAGCAAUCCUGCGUCAACUGCGGGCGGGAGGCCACCAACGAGUGCACAGGAUGCCACAAAGUCAACUACUGUUCCACGUUCUGCCAGCGGAAGGACUGGAAGGAUCACCAGCACAUCUGCGGCCAGUCAACCACGGUGACGGUGCAAGGGGACGAGGUGCACGUCCCAGGCAAUGUGAUGGAGAAGGUCACCGUGUGAGGGCGCUACCUCUGCAGCUGUUCAUG